AUGGUAGUAAUAGCAAGUGAAGAAGAGGACCGAGGUCUCAUAGUAAAUAGUAUCAUGGAGUCACUUUCUACUAGAGAACCAGCCUCGCGCACCAUCGACACCGUCGCUGGAUCCAAGAUGGUUUAUCUUUUGCCCACUUCAUCCCCCGUUCUCUCCCUCUCUCUCUCCACACUCAGUCUCCCUCCCUCAGCUUCGCUUUCUCUCCGUCCUUCCCAUUGGAUCGACCAUGGCGGAGCAGCUCCAACAAAUCUGGUGAAGGGAAGAGACCUGGUAAGGGUGGGAAUCGAUUCUGGAAGAGCAUUGGUCUUGGAUUCAAAACUCCUAGGGAAGCUAUUGAAGGUGUCGCAUUUUGGCAGCACAUGCCAUAGUGCCAAGAUGAACAGAACUGUCAUUGUCUGCAGAAACUACCUCCACUAUGUAAACAAGUACCAAAGCUCACAUAUCCCCAAGCUUCAGUGUUAAGGAAGGGGACCAUGUGGGCAUUGGCCAGUGCAGAUUUUUACACAGGCCAUUGUUGAAGACUGCAAGAUUCAUUGUUUUAAAAGACAUUCCAGAGGUGGUGGAAAGAAAGCAUUUACUGCAGUCUGAAGUUUCUAUUUCUUCUUCAGUUGCAAGAGCUAUUGGGAUCGCUUUUGCAUGUUUUGUUUUGGACUCCUUGGCUGUCAAUACAGAUGAGGGCCUGUUUUAUUCUGGUUGAGCAAGCUGUACUAUGACUCUGUAUGACUCUGUUUCUUUCUGCAACAUGUUCUGCAACCA